AUGUCCCCGCCUCGCGCGGUGGCGGUGGCGGGUCAGAGAAACAUGGCAGCAAGGAGGAUUGCACAGGAGACUUUCGAUGCUGUGUUGCAGGAAAAAGCUAACCGAUAUAUGGACCCCAGUGGUGAGGCUGUAGGUGAAACUCUUCAGUUUAAAGCUCAAGAUCUUCUAAGGACAGUCCCAAGAGCCAGAGCAGAUAUGUUUGAUGACAUUCACAGUGACAGCAGGUACACUCUGAGCGCAUCUGUAACUCAUCCUCGAGACACUGGGAGAGAAGGCCUGAGAGGUGAUAUAUUUCCAGGACCUUCCUUCAGGUCAAGCAACCCUUCUGUAAGUGAAGACAGCUACUUUCGCAAAGAAUGUGGUCGGGAUCUGGAAUUUUCCCACCCUAACUCCCGAGACCAGGUCUUUGGCCACCGGAAACUGGGACAUUUCCGUUCUCAGGACUGGAAAUUUGCACUCCGUGGCUCUUGGGAACAAGAGUUUGCCCACUCAGUUUCUCAAGAAUCCUCUUGGUCACAGGAGCAUAGUUUUGGCCCUUCUGCAUUACUGGGGGACUUUGGCUCCUCCAGGCUGAUUGAGAAAGAGUGCUUGGAGAAGGAGAGUCGUGAUUAUGACGUGGACCGUGCAGGGGAGGCGGACUCUGUGCUCAGGGGCAGCAGCCAAGUCCAGGGCAGAGGCCGAGGUCUAAACCUUGCUGACCAGGAGGGUGCUCUCUUGGGAAAGGGGGAGACUCAAGGCCUGCUCACUUCUAAAGCUGGGGUUGGGAAACUUGUCAUGCUGAGAAACGUGAGCACGAAAAAGGUACCCACUAUGAGUCGUGUCACUCCCAAAACUCAGGGCACUAACCAAAUCCAGAAAACCACCUCAAGUCCCGACGUGACCCUGGCGACGAACCCAGGGACAGAAGAGGUCCAGUUCCCCACCCGGAAGGUCCCUCUGGGGCUUGAUCUAAAGGAUGUCCGGCUCCCCAGGAGAAAGAUGAGCUUCGACAUCAUAGAUAAGUCAGAUGUCUUCUCGAGAUUUGGGAUAGAAAUAAUCAAGUGGGCAGGCUUCCACACCAUAAAAGAUGAUGUUAAGUUUUCCCAACUUUUCCAGACUCUCUUUGAACUUGAAACAGAAACCUGUGCUAAAAUGCUCGCCUCAUUCAAAUGCUCCUUAAAACCAGAGCACAGAGAUUUUUGCUUUUUUACUAUCAAAUUUUUAAAGCACUCUGCUUUGAAAACACCCAGAGUUGAUAAUGAGUUUUUAAACAUGCUUUUAGACAAAGGUGCUGUGAAGACCAAAAAUUGCUUUUUCGAAAUCAUAAAGCCCUUUGAUAAAUACAUAAUGAGACUACAAGACCGGCUGCUGAAGAGUGUCACACCCCUGCUCAUGGCCUGCAAUGCCUACGAGCUGAGUGUCAAGAUGAAGACCCUCACUAACCCCUUGGACUUGGCUAUUGCCCUGGAGACCACCAAUUCUCUCUGCCGGAAGUCUUUAGCUCUUCUGGGACAGACAUUCUCCUUGGCCUCUUCCUUCCGGCAAGAGAAAAUCCUGGAAGCCGUCGGCCUCCAAGAUAUAGCUCCAUCUCCUGCUGCGUUUCCAAACUUCGAGGACUCUACUCUGUUUGGGAGAGAGUACAUCGAUCACCUGAAGGCCUGGCUGGUCAGCAGUGGGUGUCCACUGCAGGUCAAGAAAGCUGAAUCUGAGCCAGCCCGAGACGAGGAGAAAGCUGUGCCUCCUGCAAAGCCUGACAUUCAGGCCAAGGCUGUGAGUGGUCUGAGCGAUGAGGUCCCCCAGCGAGCAGAUCACAAGGUGGCGGACAUCAUCGACCAGCUGGUUGCACGCGUCACUGGAGGCAGCCUGUCUCCCAAAGAGAGAGCUCUUCUCAAGGAGGACCCUGCUUACUGGUUUUUGUCUGAUGACAGUAGUCUGGAGUAUAAAUAUUACAAGUUGAAACUGGCAGAGAUGCAGCGGAUGAGCCAGACCUUGCCAGGCACAGAUGAGAAGCCGACGGCAGCAGAGUGUGCGGUCCGGGCGAUGCUGUACGCCCGGGCAGUCCGCAGCCUCAAGAGGAGGCUCGUCCCAGCGCGGCGGCGGGGGCAUCCUCGCGCUCAUGGGCUCCGGGGCUGCAAAGUGAGGAGAGCCACCACCGGGACCCAGACCCUGCUCUCCUCAGGCACCAGGCUGAAGCACCAUGGCCGGCAGGCCCCGGGCUCCCUGCCGGGCAAGCUGCCCCAGCUGGACAGAAAUGAUGCUGCCAAGGACUGCCCCCCAGAGCUGGCUGGACCCUCACCUCGGGACCCCAGCCCAGAAGCCUCCGGCCCAUCCCCCAAACCAGCAGGCAUGGAUGUCUCUGAAGUCCCUCAGACCUCUUCUCCCUGCCUGUCUGCUGAUGUUGAUACGAAGACAAUGGAGACUGCAGAGAAACUGGCCAAAUUUGUUGCUCAGGUGGGACCAGAGAUUGAACAGUUCAGCAUAGAAAACAGCAUUGACAAUCCUGACCUUUGGUUUCUACAUGACCAAAAUAGUUCGGCUUUCAAAUUCUAUCGAAAGAAGGUAUUUGAACUGUGCCCGUCGAUUCGCUUUACGUCAUCUCCACUGACGCUCCAUGCCAGCGAGCGCGCCGAUUCUCAGGAGAGCCCCCUGGGGCCCCCGGAAGGAGAAGGGGAGUUUGAGGACGAGCCCUCUCAGCACGAGGCUGAGCUGGAGAGCCCAGAGGCAAUGCCUGAGGAGGAGGACGACGACGAGGAGGACGAGGAAGGGGCCGAGGAGGCCUCCCCGCCUGGAGCGGCCUCCAGGCCAGCAGAAGGGGCCAAGCCUGAGGGCUCGGAGGGCAGCCCCGCAGCCGACGGCCUCCUGAGCGAGGUGGCUGAGGACAGCCCGGCUGGGGGGCCUGCCCUGGCCCAGGCCUCCUCAGGGGCCUGCUUCCCCCGGAAGAGGAUCAGCAGCAAGUCACUCAAGGUCGGCAUGAUCCCGGCUCCCAAGAGGCUGUGUCUCAUCCAGGAGCCCAAGGUUCACGAACCAGUUCGAAUUGCCUAUGACAGGCCUCGGGGUCGCCCCGUGUCCAAGAAGAAGAAACCCAAGGACUUUGACUUUGCCCAGCAGAAGCUGACCGACAAGAACCUGGGGUUCCAGAUGCUACAGAAGAUGGGCUGGAAGGAGGGCCAUGGCCUGGGCUCCUGUGGGAAGGGCAUCAGGGAGCCCGUCAGCGUGGGAAGCUCGUCAGAAGGGGAGGGGCUGGGUGCCGACGGGCAGGAGCACAAAGAAGACACGUUCGAUGUCUUCCGUCAGAGGAUGAUGCAGAUGGAGCAGCCCAUCUUCAGCACACGGGCACACGUGUUCCAGAUCGACCCGGCCACCAAGCGGAACUGGAUCCCUGCGGGCAAACACGCACUCACUGUCUCCUACUUUUACGAUGCCACCCGCAACGUCUACCGAAUCAUCAGCCUUGGGGGUGCCAAGGCCAUCAUCAACAGCACUGUCACUCCCAACAUGACCUUCACUAAAACCUCCCAGAAGUUUGGACAGUGGGCAGACAGCCGCGCCAACACUGUCUAUGGCCUUGGCUUUGCUUCUGAACAGCAUCUGACUCAGUUUGCUGAGAAGUUCCAGGAAGUGAAAGAAGCAGCAAGGCUGGCACGGGAGAAAUCUCAGGAUGGGGGAGAACUCACCAGUCCAGCCCUGGGGCUCACUGCCCACCAGGUGCCUCCGAGCCCCCUCGUCAGCGCCAAUGGCCCCGGCGAUGAGAAGCUAUUUCGCAGCCAGAGCGCGGAUGCCCCGGGCCCUGCUGAACGCGAGCGGCUCAAAAAGAUGCUGUCCGAAGGCUCCGUGGGCGAGGUGCAGUGGGAGGCCGAGUUCUUCGCGCUGCAGGACAGUAACAACAAGUUGGCGGGCGCCCUGCGAGAGGCCAACGCGGCCGCCGCCCAGUGGAGGCAGCAGCUGGAGGCCCAGCGCGCAGAGGCUGAGAGGCUGCGGCAGCGGGUGGCUGAGCUGGAAGCCCAGGCUGUCGCCGAGCCACCUGCAGGCAGUGAGAAGGAGGGACCCAGCCAGUCAUUGGAGCAGCUGGAGGCACUGGUGCAAACUAAAGACCAGGAGAUCCAGACUCUGAGGAGCCAGACUAGUGGGUCCCGUGAGGCCGCAGACACCAACGAACGUGAGGAGACACAGCAGAAGGUGCAGGACCUGGAAACGCGGAACGCGGAGCUGGAGCACCAGCUGCGGGCCACGGAGCGCAGCCUGGAGGAGGCCCGGGUCGAGCGGGAGCGGGCCCGGGCCGAGGUGGGCCGGGCCGCGCAGCUGCUGGACGUCAGGCUGUUUGAGCUGAGCGAGCUGCGGGAGGGGCUGGCCCGCCUGGCCGAGGGCGCGCCCUGA